UCCUUGGCCCCGCACCGCACUCGAUCGAACUUCGUUGCGCAUGUGUGUGUGUGUCAGCGUCUGUGUCUGUGCGUGUGUGCUUUCCUUCUUCUUCUACCUACGCCAACAACUUUGCUACUCUUACUGUGUUCCCGUUCGUUUUGGCCUACAGACCUAAUUUUCGCUUGUGUUGUGUGUCUGUCCCGCGCCCGUGCAUAGAUUUUCCCGAAAUAAAAAACGGAAUAAACAAUGUUAAGGCAUUAAAAGUAAAAACCCAGCUUUGUAGCGUGUCUGUCGGUGCUGUGAAAGGAAAGUGAAAUUAAAUAAAAAGAAAAACGAAUGCGAAUGCGAAUACGGAACGCGCAAUGCAAUUUCAAGAACAACAGCAGCAGCAGAAGCAGCAAUACAAGCAAGAGCCAGCUAAAACUGAGCAAAAAAUUAAAUAAGCAAUAUGAAAUGAAUACAUAUUUACACAUGUGUGCGUGCAUGUAUGUACUAUAUGUAUAUGUAUAUGUUUGUUCUGUAUAAUAUGUAGUGCCAUUAACGGUAGUGCAAGUUUUGUGAAAUUAUCAUAAGUGGAAUAUGUAUGUACAUGUGUGCUAUAUACAACGCUGUUUUGUUGUUGUUGUGUCAUAGAAUUGGAGCAGAGCAGAGCAGCAUUUGCAUGUGUGUGUGUGUGUAAUAGGGAAUUGCAAUUUGUUGUUUUUGUAGGAAGAGCUUUUCGCUUGUUGCGCGUGCUCGUCUCGUCUCGCCUCGCCUCGUUUUCGUUCGCGCCCCCACCGCCUUCUAGCGCCUUUAGCUAGCCUUUGCCGUUUUGUCGUUGUGCAAGAAGUUGUCGCCAUCGUCUGGGGCUCUCGGUCUCUCAGUCUCUCAGUAUAAUUGCAAUAAAUUUGCUGUUUUUAAUACAUAAAAGGAAGCAACAAAACGCCGAAGCUGACGCCAACGCCGCCGCCGCCGCCACUGCCGUACAAAAACAAAUUCCAUACGCGAAAGACAACAGUAAAAGCGAAUAGCGAAUAGGCAAAGCAAAAACGCAAAAAAAGAACGAAAUAGCAAGCGCAAAUAAUAAGAACAUACAUCACACACAAUACCACACGUAUACAGUCACACUAGCGCGAACGCGAGAGAACAACAACUAAAAACAGUGAUCGCGCAAAUGUGUGUGAGCGGAGCAAAAAAAAUAUGCUGAAAAAGCUUUUGGCAACAACAGCAAUAACAACAACGCAGUCGACAACAACGCAGGCGGAAACUGCAUUGAUCGGCGCGAGAACAACGCAGCGGGGUGAGAGCAACAUGAAUCACGCAAGUUCGAAGAGCCGUGUGAAGUGCACAAACAAAUAGAGAAGGCGAAGCAACAACCACAACAACAAUAAUAAAAAUAAUAAUAGCACUUUUGCUUUCGGUGGUGUUGUGUCCCAACUGGUUUUCAACGAAGAACGACAAAAGAGCCUCUCCGAUCGCAAAGUUUUUAGCCAAGCGCCCCAAAAAGUAGCCGUAGCAGUAGUAGUAGCUUCAUCUGUUGUUAUUGCUGCUGUGCUGCUGUCUUCUUCUUCUUCUUCUUAUUCUACUACUUUGCGUCUGCUGUGAUCAUAUUCUUUGUCGUGAUCUCGCCGUUGUUGGGGUAGCGGCGCAUGCGCUAAAGCCGCGCCAACCUCUCUCACUCUCGCUCGCUCGCGCUCAGUUUCGCUCUCGGCGGACGUCAACGUCACAGCCAGCUGCUGCUACGAAUUUUACAAUUUGAUUUUUUGCAUGGAAAGCGAUUAGGAAUCGACAACUAAUUUUAGCUACUACUGUGACCUGCCAAGCUGCAACAACAGCAACAAACAAUACAUCACCUAAAAAGCAACAACACAAAGUACAUCACAAACGUACAAAGCAACAAAUAACAAAAUAAUACUAGAACUAUGGAUACCUUUAAUGUACCUUUGCUAGCGGAGAGCAGCAGCAUUAUUAGCUAUGCCACAAGCAAUAGCAAUAACAACAACGACAACAACACACAGCAGCAACACAACCAUCACCAGCUCAAUCAACACCAGCAACAGCAACUGCAGCAGCAACAAUUGUUGCCAAAUCAUCACAAGGAUCAAAUGCUGGCCGCCGGCAGCACACCCAUCAUAUCGUUUAUCAACUAUGCGCACUUGCAAAAGGACACACAGCCGAAUGUGAAUGCAACUGCAACAAGUGUGGACAGCUUCAGCACAUUGCAGACCAUCGAUGGCAGUCAAUUGGAUGGUGGCGUCUCCUUGAGCGGACUCUGCGAUCGCAUCUUUGCUAGUCCCAAUCCACACAGCAAUAGCAAUCACAAUAACAACAACAACAAUGUGGAUGGCAAAGCGUCCGCUGACGGCAACGAGACGCCAGCGCUGCUGGAAUUUUCCAACUUUGUGUUUAACAAUCGCAGCAGCAGCAACAACAACAACUCAAAUAGCCAGCAGGACUCCACACUCAACAGCAUUGAUCCUGCGCUGCUGCAGAAAUCCAAUACAGUGGAAUAUCAUCAACUCAAGCCACUGGAGCUGGACAAUGGCAAUGCGGUCACUGUCACUGCAGUGAGCACCUCGAGCUUUCUGGGCUCCACCACAGCGCAGUUGCUCGACUUUGAGGUUGUGCCCAGCAGCAGCAACAAUAACAACAACAACAAGGAACUGGCUGAUACAACAACAGUUGCUAUUGCAACUGCAACCACAACAACUGCAACAAACACUGCCCAACGUCGAUCAUUGCACAGCAUCGAAGAGCUGGCUGCCAGCUCAAAGCUAAACAACAGCAGCAACACUGCAAGUGCAACACAACUGCAGCAACAUGCAAAUCAACAGCAGCAAGGCGGCAAUCUAAGCGGCUCUAAUAUGAGCUCGGAGGAUGAGUCUAUGUCGGAGGAUGAAUUUGGCUUGGAAAUCGAUGAUCAUGGAGGCUAUCAGGAAACUAAUUCAUCGCACUCGCAGCAGAGCGGCAACGGCGGUGGCAGCAGCUCCACGCAGCUGCUCAAUGUGGCCGCCAAUGGCUACAACGGCAACAUGUUGCUGCCACCCAAUGCGGGCGGCGGCGGCGGCAGCUCCAACUCUGCCGCGCACAUGUCCAACAAUGUAGCUGGCCAAUCGGGUGGUGUGGGCUCCGGCACGGGUGCCGCGGGUGCUGCAGCUGGUGGCCAUGGUGGUCAUGGCGGCACCAGCGCCUCAUCUGGCGCCAACGGCGAGGCCAUCGAUUUCAAGCAUCUGUUCGAGGAGCUCUGCCCCGUGUGCGGCGACAAAGUCAGCGGCUACCACUACGGCCUGCUCACCUGCGAGUCCUGCAAAGGCUUCUUCAAGCGCACCGUGCAGAACAAAAAGGUCUACACCUGUGUGGCGGAACGCUCCUGCCACAUAGACAAGACCCAGCGCAAGCGUUGUCCAUACUGUCGAUUCCAGAAAUGCCUCGAGGUGGGCAUGAAACUAGAGGCGGUUCGUGCGGAUCGCAUGCGCGGUGGUCGCAACAAGUUCGGUCCCAUGUACAAGCGGGAUCGGGCGCGAAAGCUGCAGGUGAUGCGCCAGCGGCAAUUGGCGCUGCAGGCGCUGCGCACUUCAAUGGGCUCCGAUAUUAAGCCGACGCCGCUCUCGCCGGGCUAUCAGCAAGCAUAUCCAAAUAUGAACAUUAAGCAAGAAAUACAAAUACCUCAGGUAUCCUCACUCACGCAAUCGCCCGACUCGUCGCCCAGCCCCAUUGCCAUUGCCUUGGGUCAGGUGAAUGCCAGCGGCGGCGGUGUGAUAGCCACGCCCAUGAAUGCGGGCAAUGUCAGCGGCGGCAACGGCAGCUCCUCGCUGGGCAACAACAGCAGCAGCAACAGCAAUAGCAACAACAGCAGCAGUACGGGCAGCGGCGUAGGCGGAGGCGGUGGCAACAACGCCGGUGGCGGCGGCGGCGGACACAACAACAGCGCUGACGGCCUGCAACGCAACGGCAGCAAUGGCAACAGCAACAGCAGCUGCCAUGAAAGCGGCAACGGAUCUCUGCAGAACACAGCCGAAUCGAAAUUGUGCUUCGAUUCUGGUACGCAUCCAUCAAGCACAGCCGAUGCGCUCAUCGAGCCACUGAGAGUAUCUCCAAUGAUACGCGAAUUUGUGCAAUCUAUUGACGAUCGGGAAUGGCAGACGCAGCUGUUUGCGCUGCUGCAGAAGCAGACGUACAACCAGGUUGAAGUGGAUCUCUUUGAGUUAAUGUGCAAAGUGCUCGAUCAGAAUUUGUUCUCGCAAGUGGAUUGGGCAAGAAACACGGUCUUCUUUAAGGAUUUGAAGGUUGACGAUCAGAUGAAACUGCUGCAGCACUCAUGGUCCGACAUGCUGGUGCUGGAUCAUCUGCAUCAUCGCAUACACAACGGUCUGCCCGAUGAGACGCAGCUAAACAACGGCCAAGUAUUCAAUCUGAUGAGCCUGGGCCUGUUGGGCGUGCCUCAGCUGGGCGACUAUUUCAACGAGCUGCAGAAUAAGCUGCAAGAUCUGAAGUUCGACAUGGGCGACUAUGUGUGCAUGAAAUUCCUAAUACUGCUUAAUCCAGGUGAGUAUCGAGUGUAUAUACCAGUCAGAAGUUGCGCCGCCAAUCGGGCUGUUUUUCAAAUUAUUGCAGAUGUGCGCGGCAUUGUCAACAAGAAGACCGUGCUGGAGGGCCAUGAGAAUGUGCAGGCAGCGCUGCUAGAUUAUACGCUGACGUGUUAUCCCUCAGUUAAUGAGAAGUUCAGGAGGCUAUUGAACAUACUACCAGAAAUUCACGCCAUGGCCGCUCGCGGCGAGGAGCAUCUGUAUUCAAAGCACUGUGCCGGCAGUGCGCCCACACAGACGCUGCUCAUGGAGAUGCUGCAUGCCAAGCGGAAGGUGUAAGGAGCGCCAAAAGGUGGCAGCAGCAGCAGCAGCAACAACAACAACAUAAUACUUAAAACUCAUUACAAUAUGUGUAAAUAGCCGAUGGAAAAGGAGGAAACGGAAAGGAGUGGAAAGCAACAUAAGUUUUAAUUGCUAUGCGAAGAAUAUAAUAUUGUUAUACAUAUAUGUAUAUGUAUAAGCAAGAAAGAUCAUCACUACCACCAACAAAACAUACUACUACUUCACUCUCACGUAUACACACACAACACACACAUACACACACAUUUGUUGAUUCAAUGUUAAUUAUUAUUAUGUUAAAGCCUAGAGUUUAGCCUAUGUUUAACUAAUUAAUUAAUUUGUCUUAAAUUAAAUUGUGUUAAUUUUUAGUCGUGUCCUCGGAUAA